AUGACUGAUCGUACAAUUUCCAGACAUAGUGGAAGAAUCACUAUUGAUAAUCGUUGGGUCGUGCCUCAUAAUCUUUAUUUGGUCGCUAAAUACAACGCACACAUCAACGUGGAGAUUUGCAGCCAGGUCAACUCGGUCAAAUACAUAUACAAAUAUGUAUACAAGGGCCAUGACAGAGCACAGGUAUACAUGGGUUCAUCUGCUCAAGAUGAUCAUCAGGAUGAGAUCAAAAAGUUUCUUGAUGCAAGAUAUGUCUCGGCAUCUGAAGCCUGUUGGGGAAUCAUGUCUUUCCCUAUGCAUAAGGAAUACCCCUCUACACAGCGCCUGGAUAUCCAUUUGGAGAACGAUAGAAGGGUGUACUUUAACGAGAACGAAAGUUCUGACCAGGUCUUGAACCGUACACUUCCAGAAACAACCCUGACAGCUUGGUUCAAGUACAAUCUCGAAAAUCCUGAAGACAACGAAGCUAAGCAAACUUUGUAUCCGGACUUUUGUGAAAAGUACGUUUUUCAUAAACAACAGAACCCAAGAGUUUGGAGACCUAGACGUUCAGGUUUUGGUGGAGCCAUUGGCAGAGUCUACGCAGUAUCUCCAAAAGAUAUUGAAAAGUAUCAUUUAAGAAUCCUAUUGUAUCGAAUUCCAGGAGCAACAUCCUUUACCUACAUGCGAACGUACAAUGGCCGCGUCUAUCCGUCUUAUCAGGCUACUGCCAGAGCAAUGGGUCUUCUUCAAGAUGACAAUGAAUGGAAUGAUACCAUGUCAGAAGCAAGCACCACUAUGUCACCUCAAAAAAUACAGCAACAAAAGGCAAGAGCUCUGAAUCAACCUGUUCCCACUGAAAUAACAGAUGAGAUGUAUGGCCACUGCCUUCUUGAUUUGAAUCAAAUUUUGGUUGCCAACCAAUUUGAUUUGAAAACUAUGGAUGGUUUCAAGGACGUUUUCCCUACUGUUGAUACCAGGGAUUCUCAUGCUUACCCUGAAGUCUCUACCCCGCUGGAAAGGAUGCAUGCCACUCUGCUAAUUGAAGCCUUGGAAGCUCCUGACCCAAACUCAUUGCCAUUCAAUCCAAGCCAAUUGGUAGCUUACAAUGCCAUUCAACGUUGCGCGUUAGCUGACGAAAACUAUGAUGCUGCACAGUCCAAACUGUUUUUUAUUGACGGGCCUGGCGGUACUGGGAAAACUUUCAUCAUCAAUGCUUUGUUAGAUGUCGUUCGCAAACAAAAUCAUAUUGCAAUUGCAGUUGCUUCAACAGGAACGGUGACAUUACCUGGGGACAUUCCUUCGGAUUUUGUGCGUAUCCCAGAUGAAAUGUAUUUCAAUUCUACCAACUUGCUGGAUUUGCUAGCUGCUGUGUUUCCAAACAUCAGCAAUAGCUCAACGAUUGACCAAUAUUUUGCGAAACGUGUUAUAUUGACCCCGAAGAACCAAGAUGUCUCAGUCAUAAACAAUCUGCUACUUGACAACUUGCCGGGAAGAAAGUUCACUUAUUACAGCUAUGAUCAAGUCUGUGAUCCUCAAUUUCGAAUGCAGGUGCCUCUCGAGCUUCUCAACUCCAUAGAAUCUGGCUCUCUGCCUCCACAUGAAUUGGUUUUGAGAGUUGGGUCUCCAAUAAUGAUCUUGAGAAACUUAGAUCCUUCAGCUGGAUUAUGCAAUGGAACCAGGCUAAUCGUGAAAUCUUUGGGUGUUAGAAUAAUUGAAGCCACCAUUGCCACAGGGCCAAAAGCAGGUGACGUUGUGUAUACCCCAAGGACCAAGUUUAUUACAGAAGCCAACGGUAGAAUUCCCUUCGACUUCAGUCGCACCCAGUUUCCUGUGAGAUUGGCCUUUGCCAUGACUAUAAACAAAUCGCAGAGCCAAACAUUAUCUAACGUUGGACUAUAUCUUUUCUUUCACGUCUUCUCGCAUGGUCAGUUGUACGUCGCAAUGUCAAGGGUCAGUAAGCCAUCAUCGAUAAGAAUCAUGGUUGAUCCUGAUAUUUCUGUACUGGAAAACCUACCUGGCCAUUUUACACACAAUAUAGUAAACUCUGAGGUCUUUCAAUAA